AAUGAAUCGUUUUCUAUUGAGUGUGGUGGCGCUGGUCGCCUUGGUGGCCUCCUGCCAAGGUCAUCCGGACAUUGACUUUCCCUUCGGAAGGAUUGUCAACGGCGAGAGUGCUGACAUCGAAAAUUUCCCCUACCAGGUUUCCAUCCAGACCACUAAGGGCUCCCACUUCUGCGGUGGCAGUUUGAUCGCUGCGGAUACCGUCCUGACCGCUGCUCACUGCAUGCAAUCCUAUGCCGCCAGCGAGCUGCAGGUGCGUGUGGGUUCCUCGUCCAGGAGCUCCGGUGGCGAAGUGGUUACUGUGAGGGCCUUCAAGUACCAUGAGGGUUACAACAGCAAGCUGCUGAUUAACGAUGUGGCCAUCAUGAAGUUGAGCACUCCCGUUCGCCAGACCUCCAAGAUCCGUACCAUCGAAUUGGCCGAUAGUGAACCCGUUUCCGGAACCGAUGCCGUUGUCUCCGGCUGGGGAACCACCUGCUUCCUUUUCUGCUCCUCCCCCGACACCCUUCUCCAGGUCGGCGUGCAACUGCUGCACAAAACUGACUGUGCCUCUGAUAACUAUUCAUACGGCAGUGACUCGAUCAAAGAUACCAUGGUCUGUGCCACCGGCGAGAAGAAGGAUGCCUGCCAGGGUGACUCCGGCGGUCCUUUGGUGGCCAACGGCAAGCAAGUGGGCGUUGUUUCCUGGGGCAGUGGGUGUGCCUGGACUGGCUACCCCGGAGUCUAUGCCGAUGUCGCGGCCCUUAAGAGCUGGAUCGACCUGGCCACUGCUGAGUUGUAAAUAAUAAAUUAAAUAAAUCGAAAGAAUUUCAAGUGAUUGAUUGCAA